AUGACAGAGAGGGAACAAAACUCAGGCAGUCCCUUGGCACCGGCCAAUGCCGAUGCCAGAAACGAUGGGGAGGCGGUAACGGCCGUUUCGGGAGAAGAGAGCCGCCGCAAGAAGUGGAUAACAUGGUUGCUCUACAUUAUAGCCUUGGUCAUCUUUCAUAUCGGCGUCAUAGUGUUGUUCAGAAUGACGAUCAUGAAAUUUAGGACGCCAAAGUUUCGGCUGCGGUCUGCUACUUUCGAGGACUUUAAUGUCCAAACAUCGAACGCCUCCUUCGAUCUGAGGAUGGAUGCCGGAUUUGGAGUGAAGAACACCAACUUCGGCCCUUAUAAAUUCGACGAAACCACCAUCUUCUUCUACUACAUGGGCGUCCAAGUCGGCGCCGCCGCCGUCCGGAGGUCGAAAUCCAGUUUAAGUUCAACCAAGAAGUUGAAUGCUCCAGUGGAUUUGAUCUCGCCCGUGAGUCUCCGGAACAGUUUGGAACUGGCGAGUGAUUUGAGUUCUGGGAUUUUGCCUUUGACCGGCGAGACUAAGCUACACGGGAAGGUGACCAUAAUGUUCUUGUUCAAGAAGAAGAAGUCUGCCCAACUGGAUUGCGCCAUGGAAAUCAACAUCUCGACGAAGCAGCUGCAGAGCGUCAAGUGCAAAUGA